CCCCAGAUGAGCCCCCUGCAGCAUGAUGUCCCCUGCAGCAUCACAUGGGGGCCAGCACUGACACCAAGAGGUCUGUCUCUGUCCCAGCCCUUCCAUGGCGCGUCAAUACUUCACUCACAAGGGGGUGCUGUUCCCAUGCCUGGAUUACUCCCCCGAGGCGCUGAGCUACGUGGAGAAUGAAUUCCAGGUGCGGGACAACGACGUCUUCAAUGUUACCUACCCCAAUUCAGGCACUAACUGGAUGCUGGAGAUUCUGAGUCUGAUCCAUUGUGACGGGGACCCCGACUGGGUGCGCAGCGUGCUGAACUGGGAGCGGGCGCCCUGGGUGAACAACCAGAUUGGGCUGAAGGCUGCCCUGAAAUACCCCACACCCCGGCUAAUCUGCUCCCACCUCCCCGUGCAGCUCUUCCCCAAAUCCCUGCAGCGCUCCAAGGCCAAGAUCAUCUACACCCUGCGCUGCCACAAGGACAUCCUGGUCUCUCUCUACCACUUCUCCAAGCUGCUGCUCGUUCUCAAGGAUCCGGGCUCACUGGAUUCCUUUCUAGAGGAUUUCCUAAGCGGGAAUGGGAUCUGCGGCGACUGGAGGAACCAUCUCUCGGCGGUGCAGAGCCAACGAUUCGACACCGUUUACCGGGAGCGGAUGCAGGGUCUGGGCAUGACCUUCCCCGGGACUGACGGCCCCGCGCCUGCCCCAUCUGGGCCCGCAAUACAUCGGCCCUGCGCCACCCACAUGCUUAUUGUGCUCUGGGAGAGGGCCCCUGAGGCAGCAUCACUGGGCUGGGGCGUGUGACCAGCAGGGGGCAACACCCCCCCCAUGGCCCCCCUAGGGCAGAUCUACAUUUUUACUAAUAGGUGUGAACAAAGGGUUUCUUACUAAGAACAAAGACAGACACUGUAAAUCUUGCUUUU